AUGCGGCGACGCGAGGAGGACUAUGUGGACGGCGCGGAGUUUGACGACUCGGACGAGCCGAUUGAGGAGCUGUCGGAUGACUCGGACGACUACGAGGGGCUGCCGUCGCUGCCGUCCGCGCCACUGCGCUCGGUGAUCGCGGAAAAGGCCGCGAAUCGGGGCAAGAGUGCGCCGCAGGAAAAAAAGAACAGCGGCGCGGCGCGCGCGGGCGACAAGGGCGGCCUGGAAUCGGGGGGGUACAGCUGGGAAGCGGCCUACCAACGCAGCUGGGACCAUGUGCACGAAGACGAGAGCGGGAAUCUCGAGAGCGCUGUGCGCCGCAUGAUCGCCAGCAACAAGCGCAAGCGGGCGAUGCGCGACGCAACGCCGGUGCAGCGCGGCAUCAUCCGCCACUUUGUCCUGGUCUUGGACCUGAGCGCGGACAUGAUGGAGCGCGACCUGCGCCCGAACCGCUUCGAGCUCACGCUGCAGUACGCGCGCAAGUUUGUCGCCGACUACUUUGACCAGAACCCCAUCGGACAGCUCGCGAUCGUCUGCACGCGCGACGGCCUCGGGGAGCGCCUGUCGCUCAUGGGCGGAAACACGGUGAACCAUGCGGGCAUGCUCGUCAACAAGCGCAAGCUAGAGCCACACGGCGAGCCGAGCAUCCAAAACGCACUAGAGAUGGCACGCAGCUGCCUCGUGCACCUGCCCAACUCGAAUACACGCGAAAUCCUCUAUAUCUCGGCGUCGCUCACGAGCGUCGACCCGGGCAGCAUAUACCACACGAUCGACAAGCUCGUCGAGGACCGCAUACAAACGUCGGUCAUUUCGCUCGCGGCCGAGAUGCACAUCCUCAAAGAGGUCUGUGCACGCACCGGCGGCGACUUUGGCGUGGUGAUGGGCGAGGACCACUACAAGGAGCUGCUCCAAAAACACGUCCCACCGCGCGUCAUUUCGGAGCGGCCCACCGCCCAGAAGGAGUACGAGGCGGACCUGCUCGUGAUGGGCUUCCCAAAACGCCUGCCGUUCAACGCCCCGGCAUCGCUCUGCGCGUGCCAUGGCCGCGUAUUUUCCAGCGCCAAGGCCCAGUCGCACCUCGAGGGCGGCGGCGCGGCGGCGGGCUACACCUGCCCGCGCUGCAGCGCCAAGGUGUGCCAGGUGCCCACCGACUGCCCAGUGUGCGGCAUCACAAUCAUCAUGAGCACACACCUCGCACGGUCCUACCACCACCUAUUUCCUGUGGGCAACUAUCGGCCUGUGACGUGGGAGAGCGUCACCGAGUCCUCCGCCCCGGCCUGCUUUGCGUGCGAAGUGCCGUUUCCGUCCAAGGCGGAGGCGUCCGCGGACGACGCGCCCGUGGCGGACGAUUCCGCCCUCGCGCCUUCGUCGCGCUACCGCUGCCUGCGCGAGGACCGAGGCUCGACACUACCCGAGGCGGAUAUAAUCCAGGCCUAUGCGUUUGACGACUCGGCGGCAUCCAAGCAGCCGCCCUCCUAUGCCACGGAAGAGGAGCGGCCGUUUUUUGGCGAUACAUCCGUGUCGAGCGCGGAUGUGCCGAACCCAGCACCACCCAUGGCCGUGGACCAGGUCGGCGGGCUGGCACAGCCGACGGGCGUCCCGGUCAGCGCCGCGGAGGACCCCCUCGUCUCGGCCUCGUCGAGCGCCCGCCGCGUGCGCUGGGGGGCGGAUGAGCUGCCGAGCAGGGGCCCCGCCAAGAUCCACGUACGCCCGGGGGGGCGUGGGCCGACCGUGUCGGUAAAGCGCCCGGCCGCCGCCCCGGGGCCGGAGCCAGAGCCGACACCGACAGGCACCACCGGGAUCAAGCGCCAGAACCAUCCGGGCCAGAUCAGCCUCGCUGGCCUCGGACCACCGAACCUCGGCCAGACCGAGGCGAUCCCGAUGCAACCCAUGGAUGGCACAUCGGGUCAGACCGGUGCGGUGGGCCUCGAUGGCGAAGACAACGAUCGGUUUCUUGCACUCUCCCGCGAGCUGAACAACCUCGAUGAGGAGGAGGAGGCGGAGGACGUCGCGGCGGGCCGCGCGGGCAUCUCGAACGCCGCAUUUCCGCCGGGCGAGGAUACGGCGCAGCACGACACCCGCAGCGAGGACGAAAUGCUGAAUGAUCUGCGCUCGGGGCCACUUACGCCGGGCACACCGGGAUCGACGACCGACUCGAGCUACGACCCGGCAGAGAGCCUCGAUCAUGUGGAAAUCAUCGAAGGCGAGACGGAUGGCAUGCCUUCGCGCCCGAAACGCUCGUCUCGUCUCCGGAACAGGAAGAACAGGGGCAAGUGGGCGCAGGUGCGCAACCUCAUCGGUAUCGACUCGUCGAGCAAUGAGACCGUGGACAUGAUGGAGAGAGGCGAGGUCGGCGCGGGCGCCACCAACAUGAAGAGCGUCCCUGUCGAGACGUCUACGGGCCUGCGUGGCGCCCACGGCCGCUACCGCCCGUCUGCGCUCGAGCGCAAGGCCGCCAAGCUUGUGCGUGCCCACAAGAUGGUGGGUGCGGGCGCCAAAAAGAAAGCGUCACCGACCGAGCUCGACGGCGUGCGCCGCGACCACUUGCCCGGCUCAGAGGCGUCGACACCAGACGCACUCGACACGGCGCAGAACCUCGAUGCGCGGCCAGUGGCGGGUGGCGGUGUGCUGGGACAACUCUUGCAGCUGUACGAACAGCAGCGCCAGGAACAGGCAUCAGAGCACAGCGCGACGGGCGACACACCGAGCGCCACGACCGAUGCCGAUCUCGGUGGCGGCGUGACGUUGCGCAGCGGGCGCGUUGUCGAUGCGUAUGGUAAUGAGGCCAACGUCAACGAGCUGGACCCCGGUCUGCUGCGCCAGGCGACAUCCGAACCGGAUACGCCCCACAAGACCCCGGGUGGUACACACUACUACUCGAGCGGCCGCCCGGUGUCGGUGAGCUCUCCGCCAACUGGACUUGGUGGAUUUGCGACGGCCAACAUGGGCCAAGUCGGAAAGUUUAGCCAAAAGGUCGUCAAAGGAGUGGCGGCCGAGGCAGGUAUUGAUGUGAUGGACGAGCGUCCCAAGGCUGCUCGCUCGUCGGCCGGCACCAUUGGCGCGCUGAUCGCCACGACGGGUAAUCUUAUCGGCGCAGUGAGCCCCAAUCUCGCUCAGCUCGGUCCGAACCCCAAGCGCCCUGGCUACACGCUCGACCGCUACCUCUUGCCCGAGAUGAACGAAAAGACGCUCAAGCGGACGGCCAAGAUUGUGCGUGAUGCUGCACCUGUGCCCAAGAGCCAGCGCGCAAGCCUCACGCCGGGUGGUCCGCGCACGCCGGGCGUCUGGACGCCCGGCGGCGUGACGUCUCGAAGCGCUGACGACAGUUUCAACCCCUACUUUGCUGCUGUGACGCCGAAUGAGAAAUCAGGCUCCAUGUCUAUUGCCUCGUCAAAGCCCCACUCGCGCUUUGGGUCUGAUACCAUGUCGAGUGCGUCGCACCGCGUUUCGCAGAUUGGCCACGCGGGCAAGCACAUGUUUUCGCGCAGCCUGCGCCCGGUACCUGGGAGCACCGGGUCGGACAGUGCGCACGGCGGUGGCGAUUACUUUGGCAAUGCCAUGACCGACGAAGAGAUCGCCAAGCAGGAAUGGCGCCGCAAACUUCGUAAGCGCAAGGCGAAGAGUAAGAAGCAGGAGAUUUACAUCACGAUGCACGUUGCUGCGAUCCUCAAGCGGCAAGAGUUCCUCAUGAAGUUUGCGCGUGCGAUGAUGAUGUUUGGUGCGCCGACGCACCGCAUCGAGACGCAGAUGCAGCAGACUGCCAACGUACUCGACGUUAACUGCCGCUGUAUUUAUCUCCCUAACCUCAUGCUUUUGUCGUUUGGCGACGAUGCGACACACACCUCUGAUACCAAGUUCAUCAAGCAAGGCAGCGUUCUGGACCUGACCAAGCUGACGGACAUGCACACCAUUUACUGGAACGUGAUUCACGACAAGAUUGGUGUCGAGCGUGCUUCAAAGCAGCUCGAUUCGCUGAUGCGCCGGCGGCCGUACUUGCGCAAGUGGCAACAAACCGUUAUCGGUGGCUUUGCUUCCUUUUUCAUCACUUUUGGCCAAGUUGGUUUUGGCGGUUCGCUGCUUGAUGCAUGUGCUGCGUUUUUGUUGGGCGCUUUCCUGGUCUUUUGCCAAAUGUCUAUCAAGUCGGAGCUAUAUUCGAACGUGUUUGAGAUUGUCUUUGCCACGUUGAAUUCGUUCAUUGCCAUGGCCCUGCACAUCAUUCCUGACGGAGGUUACAACAGCAAGCCGUGGCGUGGUGAGCUGUUUUGCUACAGACCCAUCAUUUCGGGCUCGAUUGUGCUGAUCCUGCCGGGUUUCAUUGUCUUGACUGGUGCGCUGGAACUGCAGUCUAAGAGUCUUGUCUCGGGGUCUGUGCGUCUCGUCUACGCCAUCAUCUACUCGGUCAUGUUGGGUAUCGGUAUCAAAUUUGGCUACUCGGUCAUGCUGUCGUUGCGCAACCAAGCCAAGGUCACCCGCAAGGAAUUCCCAAUGAUGGUCCUCAUUGCGUGUGGCGGCUGGUUGGUGGCCAACUACUCACAACUCAUGGAUAAGGGCGACAUCUCCCCAGUCCUAACGAACCAAAUCUCACUGGUGGCUGCCAUGGGCUCGUUCACUGUCGGAAUGUUGGCGAAUCUCUACGGCCGUUUCUUUGACGGGCGGAGCUUUGUGGUGGCUGUACCAGGCAUUCUCUACCAAUUGCCCUCGGGUCUGUCUGGCAAUGUCUCGGAUGGCUUGACGAUCGGUGAGCAGCUCCUGAACGUUUCACUGGGUAUUGCGAUCGGUCUAUUCUGCGCUACGAUCGCGGAAUAG